AUGGUUAGACAUUUUGUUUUAGGAUGUCUUCCAUAUGUUGACCAAAUUGGCCAAGCUGUAUGGGCGUUGUGCAAGACCAGGGCCAAUGCGAAAACAGGCAGUACUUUAUCAGGAAGGAUUAUGAAGCUGCUAAGCGGCUCCGGUAUUGAUCUGAAAGGAGCUUUGAAAGAGAUGUGCGAAACAUCUGUUCAGAAGGAGACUUGCGAUAAGCUCGGAGGACAUCUGACCAAAUGUGAUGUGUUCGGUGGAAUUGCUGCAUUGAUAGCGUACAGGCAAGCAAUCGAACGUUGUUCAAUGCUUCUUACAUCAUUAGAACAACCACAGAACCUUCCUGCAAAUAUCGGAGGCUUUCUUACAAAAUUUUACACAUGUUACAACUAA